GCAGAAAUGCGCUUGCAGGACCAGCAACUAGCGAGGCAGCUCAUGCGCCUUCGCAGUGACAUCAACAAGCUGAAGAUCGAGCAGACCUGCCACCUGCACCAGCGUAUGCUCAACGACGCCACGUACGAGCUGGAGGAGAGGGACGAGCUCUCCGACCUCUUCUGCGACUUCCCCCUCAUGAGCUCCUUCAGCCUCUCCACGCCGCUCAAGCUCAUCGGGGUCACCAAGAUGAACAUCAACUCCCGCCGGUUCUCGCUGUGCUGA